AUGAUUGAAAGACAUUUGUUUGAAUUUAGAAAAAUAUUGGGCCAUAGAGAAAUCGGUUUCUUUGUUGAUGAGAAGGAUGAUUUAGUUUUUUUUAUUAAUUAUUGCAUCAAGAAUAUUUUGGAUACCGGAGUGGAGCAGCAUUCCAAAGAAGAAUUUGUAAAUUUAUUGGACUGUUUUGUUUCAAUUUGCGGUGUGCCAUUGCGAGAAAGAAAAGCAAGCGACUCAUUCCUUAAAGCAGAUUCAUAUUUAGCAAUAUUCUCAUGUCUUGGAAAAUUAUUGAGAUUAUCUGUUGGUUGUGUCAAACCAAUUUUGGUUAAUGUUUCAAAGUGUAUAAGCGAAUUAGUUGAGAAAUCAUUUGACUUAGAUUUUUUGAGCAAGGCAAUCAAGCAAUGCAGCAUUUUAGACGACGUACUGUUUUUGAUAUCUCAUUUGGUAAAAGAAAACGAGCCUGUAGAGUCAGAUUUGUUCAUAGAGGCCGUCAAUGUUGUGUGGAGCAUUUCUAGAUACGAAGAAUAUGCUGAAAAAAUGACAAGAGAGGGUGGUGUUAGGUUAUUGAUUGACGUAAUUAACUCGGCAAAUUUUUCAGACCUGGUGGUAUUUAAAAUAAUUGAUACCAUUUGGAAUAUUAUUGAAAUUUUCCCAAAAUCUACAUUAUAUAUUGGAGAGGUUAAUUGUGUGACAACAAUGUUUAAGUUGAUUCAAGAAACCAAUUUGAAAGGAUUCAGGACGAAAGACAAAGAGUUGAGAAAUGAUAUUCUUAUUAUAUUUUCCUUCCUGGCAAGAGAGCCUGAAAAUCAAAACCUUCUCAAAGAAUGUGGACUUUUGGAGUAUCUUGCUGCAAUAUCAAUAGGACUCGAGCUAUACCCUGAAUCAGUGACUGUAUCUUACAACGUUUCUACCAUUUCAAAUGAGGAUUUCGAAAUGAAGAAGCUUGCAUGGACUAUUUUGUUUUAUCUAACAUUCAACAAUGAGUGUCUAUCGUUAAUUGUUGAUCUUGGAUUUGUAACAAUUUUGUUAGAAUGUAUGGACAUCAAUAGUGAGGUAAUGAGAAAAUGGAACGAUAACCAACGCUUUGAAUUGAAACUUCUGGCCUUAAAAAUACUAUUCCUUCUCUCUGUUCGGGUUCCACAAAAUUUUUCCAAAGAUCGCGGCCCUGAAAUAUGUUUAGAACUGUUACGAAAUUCCAACGAAGAGUCCAUUCUCAGUUCAUGUUUUAAUACCCUAAUGAACGUUUCAACUCAAGAAAUUGGAUGCAAAGAUUUGUCUCAAGCAAAUGCAAUUCCAUCCAUGCUUGACGCUUGCGUUAACAACUCUCUGUCAUUGAGCUCUAGAACAGAUGCUGUACGAAUUAUCUCUAACAUUUGUACCUUUGUUAAAGAAGCUAUUGAGGCAUUUAUGCAUAAUGGAGGGGUUGCAAAAAUGUUACACCUACUUGAAACAAGCAUAUCAGAAUCACAGUACAUUGAAAAAGAUGAGCUAAUUUUCAACGUCAUAGAUUGUGUUUGGUGUUGUAUAGUAGGCAAUAGCGAGUGUGAGCAAUUAUUUAUUGAUGGGGAUGGUAUUCACUUCUUGUUAACAUUAUUAACUAUCUCAAACAAUUGGAUUCAAUUAUCGAUACUCGGGUGCUUGGCUGAUUUCAUGAUUUCAAACAUACAUGCUAUUGAGGAGUCGGAGACCUGGCUGAGUCGUGAUAAGGAACGACUAGUAACAUUUUUGAUUAAGCUUUGGAGACAUAAUGAAAACGGAAAAAUUAUCUCUGAAUUGUGGACUCUUGAAAACCUUGUUGUCAAUCCUGAUGACUAUGAUCUACAACGAAAAAUCUAUCAUGUUUUGACAUUUUUAGGGCCUAGAAUUGAUAUGAAUUCAUUGACAGACAGCGAGCGCUUGGAAAUUGCCAAAAUUCAACAAUAUGACAAAAUUUUGCAUGAUAAAGCUUGGGAGGAGAUUUGUGUUGAACUCGAGCAAGAAAAUAUAAGACCAACAACUCCAGAUAGAGAUCUCAUCAAUCAAAAAUUCAAGGAAAAGGCUGAACGAGAGGAGUUAAUGGCAAGUGGAAAGAGUAACUUUGUCAAUGAAAUGCAAAGUAGACAACUCAAAGAAGAAGAAUUGUUUUAUAACACAAUUAUUGAGCGGAAUACUCAAAAACACAAUUCACAACCAUCCAACCGAUCUAAGGAUAUGGAAAGAUAUACCUCAAAAUCGAGAAAUAGCACUACAAAUUCUGGGCCAAAAAACAUUAGUGUUCAAUCUUUCAAUAUCAUUGGUGGCUAUGUAAAUAGAAGAGCAGCUGAAGAAGAAAUUGAUUAA